CCUAAAUAGAAUCGCACAUUUAUUCUACAACUUCUGCAAUCAAUACAAUUUCGACAAUGACAACUUCAUCAAACGAGGUCAAAAAUGAAAACCAAACCACCCUCCCAUUUACCCCAUCGGAUGAACUAUCUUCAACUCAAGAAUCUGUGAAUUCACGAAGUAACAUAGAACCUGUUUCUAAUCAGUCUUCUGUUGAACGAAGGACCUGGGAGUUCAUUUGGAAGACUUUCAUCAUAGUGUCAGUACAGAUUACAAUUGUGUGGGAAAUCUGCGCUCUUGUGUUACUUGUUUCGCAAAUUUAUGAAUGGAUGAAAGAAAAUACUUGGUUUUCAUGGACGUGUGGAAUUCUGGGAACAGUUCUACAACUUGAGAUGCUACUGAUACCGCAGUUACAGUUCGCCUUCCCCUAUAACUAUAUCUACUUGAUAAUUGCUACAAUAAUCGUUGCCUUUGCUGCAGCUGUUCCACUCAUCGACUUACCAUUCUGGUGGACAUUUGUCACAUGGAUAAUUACUGUGAUUAUUGCGGGAAUUGUAGUAGCUGUCAGUGUCGUCAACAGAUUCGAUGUGCUCAAGAGUUUUGGGGAGUUCAUACUUGUCACUUUCAUUGUGGAAUUGGCCUUUGUUAUAAUAUUCUUCCCUUUCAUAUUCUGGCGAGAAUUUGACAUACUCAUAAUACUGUGUGGAUUCGCCAUGAUGUGGACAGUUAUUUCGGAGAUAGCUAUCAUUGUUCAAGC